AUGCCGGCUAAUUCCCCCAAACGUUCUAAUCCCACUUCUGCGCGUCCGGUAUCCACACCGAAAAGGGGAGAACGUGAGUUUCGACGUACGCAUUCUUCCUUGUCUCUUAUCACGGCACAACGCUCGGCGUUGGAUGCUGCACAGGCGCAGGGGAACGCCAUGAAGGUAUAUGUGCGUGUUCGGCCAUUUAGUGAGCGGGAGUUGUCGUUGAGCAUGCCGCAUCAUAGUACGGUGCGCAUUGAUGUUGAUAACCCAUGCUUUAUUACGUUGUUGGACCCACAGAAGGAUUUUAGACCUCGCGAAACGUUUAGCUUCACUCGUUGUUUUUGGUCUGUUCUGGAGACGAAUGCCGGUGACAGCAGCAAAGGCAGAAGCGCUGGGGAAAUCCAUGGGUCUAUUGAUAUGUUUAUCAACAGCGUUACUUCUGCAAGGUGCAACCGGUACCGCGCAGGCGUGUGUAUAAAUACCACCAGCAUGAGCGUUGCCUCUGCUCGCGGGCGUGCAGCCGCCGAAUAUUCAGUCCCUUUUGAAGGUGCAGGGUCAAACGCGGCGAUUGCUUCAAGUGCUGCAGUUGUCCAUCCACCCUACAGCUCGCAGGAGGACGUUUACAAUGUGGUUGGGCGCCCUGUAUUAGAGAAUAGCUUGGAAGGGUACAAUGGGUGCGUCUUUGCGUACGGGCAGACUGGAAGUGGCAAGACGUUCUCAAUGUUUGGCUACUUUCCAAAGAGUUCUGACUUUACUGCUUCUGUUAGUCAGCAUGGUUUUGCAAACAACAACGACGAGGACGAGGACGAGGACGAAGAGUGUGACGACACUAAGCUGUCUAUUGGUGUUGGUUCCCCCACACACUUCAGGCAUCUAUCUGCGCCAAGUAGUCAAAAGGAACUUUUCAUCCUGCCGUUGGGCACCCAUGGAAACACGGAGCGUCAGGUAGCAGACACCGUCGAUACGACACAGUUGGAUCCUAAUGAGCUGCAAGGCAUCAUUCCCCGCAUCACGUCGGACUUGUUUAAAGGAUUACAAGGGAAAAGGGACACUGAUCCCUCUCACUCAUACCGGGUUGAGGUGGAGUAUUUUGAGAUCUACAAUGAAAAGGUGUUUGACUUGUUUCGCCCUCAAAAAGACGCCGAUUUAAGGAUUCGUCACAACCCUGUCAGUGGACCAUACGUGGAGGGACUCACCUCGAGUGUGGUUAAUGACGCUGCAGAAGUUGCCAAGGUGAUUCGCAAAGGGAACAAGGAAAGACGUACAGCCGCCACAAAAGCCAAUGACCGCAGCAGCCGCAGUCAUGCAAUUAUUACGUUGAAUAUUACACGGCUGUUCCUUGAUAGAAAUGAUAACACAUGUAAGCAGCAAAGCAAGUUGAAUCUUGUGGACCUUGCUGGCUCCGAGCGCACAGGUGCAGUUGGCGCGGAGGGCAAGCAAUUCCUGGAAGGCACCAAGAUUAAUUUGUCUCUCACAACCUUGGGCCGUGUCAUUGACUGUCUGGCAGAUCUCUCACAGUCCAAGUCGCUUUCUGUGCCAGUGCCCUACCGCGACUCCAACCUCACAUGGCUUCUGAUGGACUCUCUUGGAGGAAAUAGUAAAACAUCCAUGUUGGCUACCAUCUCUCCUCACGGUGUGAACUUUGAUGAAAUGCGACAGACCAUACGUUACGCCUCACGCGCAAAACAAAUUGUCAAUCAGGCAGUUAUUAAUGAAGAUCCACAAGUGCGACAAAUACGUCUCUUGACAGCUGAGGUGGAGCGUCUGAAAAAGACCAUACGUGAGGCUGGGCUAAAUGAAUUUAGCCGUGACUACGUUGUGGAAUUGCAGCGUCGUAAUACCUUUUUGGAGAAACGCUGCCAGGACCAGGAAAAGACGGUUGUGGAGCUUCAGGCUGAGAUAGAAGAGCGGAGGCCUGGUAUGCGGAUGGAGCGUUCACAUACACUCUCAGCUAGGCGUUCACGCCCUGCUCAUUUGCCUGAAACGAGUACAUGUCGACGUUGUAGCAACCAUGAGGAAAACGGCAACGCAUUGCUGCCCACGACAAGACUUACCGACACCAAAUCCGACGUUGAAGACAUUCCUCAGCAACUCAAUGGGGGAGGCCCUCAAUGUGGAGGGCCUGACACUUCCAGCAACAUGACUCAUGUGGAGGAGCUGAAUAUCCGUAUUCAAAAUCUUAAGAGGGAAGUGAGCAAACAGCAGACCUUCAUUUUGACUCAGCAUAAACAACUGGAACGUUACUCCCUUUUUUGUAUUAACGUGGCGUCGAACAUUAUGUGGAACGUGAUGGUGCAGAAAGAAGAUGAGUUUACACAGCGUGUAGCUCGCGUGAUUAAGGACCAAAGCGCAAAUCUGGGCAAGGAUCUUCGCAGUCUUCAAGAGUCGCACCGUGAGGAAAUGGAACAAACGAGGAGACGGCACAUGGAAGAGAUGAAAGAGUUGCAAAAAUUAUCGGCGUCCCGACUAAAGGAGUCCAUUGAGAAGAGUAAUGAGCUGUACCAGCAGCUUAUUGACAAACACGUGGAUAAGUUGAACUACGUGGAGGAGCGGAUGAAGAAGAACAAGGAGGACUACAAAAGUGAAAGAAAGAAACUUGCGGACGAAAAUGAGGCGGCGCGUGCGAGCUACAACGAACAGCUGCAAAAUACGCGUGCUCAGCACCAGCAGGAAACAAAAUGGUUACGUGACAAGAUGAGCUCUGGCGCAUCGGAUUGUAAACGCCUAGAAGAAGCCGUUAAACGGUUGCAGGAGGUGCAUGAGAGGGAGAUGACGCGGCGGCAGGAAGAAGCGGACCGCCACUGCCAAGAGAAGGAGCAAGAAAUUACUCGACUGAAGCAACAAAUUGGCAAUGAGGCCCAACGACAAGCAAAUGACACGGCUGAGAAGGACCGUCAACGCCGUUCAUUGGAGCGUGAGGUGAAUGAUUUGCGACGAGAGUUGCUGAAGGCGCAGGCAGAACGAACUCGCAUGGAGCACCAGCACCAAACAGAGAUUCAAAGCUUUGCUCAAGAGCAGGAACAGAUCUUUAAUGUUAGUAAUGGUUUGCUUUCCGACUGGGAUAACCGUUCCUCUGCGAUAGACGCCUCCUUUGCUCAGUUGCGGACCCUGGUCCAAGGAAAAGACUACUUGAGCUUCCGGAGCCGUCUCCGUGACUCCACUGGUGAACGGAAAGACUACACCGCGUUACUUGAGGCUGUAGAGGAGCGAAAGCAACGCGACACACAGCGUUUCCGAGAGAUUGUGCAGCAGCUGAAGCAGACUCAAGAAGACAGCAAUGCGAGCCUCCAGCGUUUCAAGGAAGACGUUAAGAGCCAGCUUGUCAGCACAAGUAGGCCACGCGGUAAUAAUGUUGGUAAAAAUACUUGUAGCAGCAGUAAUAAUAUUGAUGCUGGCGAUAAGAAAGGCUCCGGCUCGGGCGGGGCAAAGGCGACAGUUACCGCUGGCUCAGCUGCAGUUGCGCCGAAGCAGGGGCGUCUCGCAGUGGCGCAAAGAGGAGGAUCAAAGUAG